AUCGAACCCGAUCACACUCGAAUCUUUCCGAAUGUAUUCCUUGAUUAUUUUUAUUUUUUGCGAAUGUUAAAAGUUGAAGAAUAAGAAGUGUUUUUAUAUAUUUUUCAUGUAAAAAUGAAUGAAAAUCAUCCUCAGGAUGUUGAAUACUUGAAAAAUCAACUGCACGUUACUCGAAAUGAGCUGAAUAACUUAAGGCAACAAAUAAAGACUUUAACUCAUGCACAUAGAAAGGAAUGCGAAGAGAUACGGGGGGCGUUACAAAAUUGGAAAUGUUUGGAAUGUCGAAAUAGGUUACAUCAAGGUGAAAUGGCUCAAGAAGUGGAAAAUAACGAUUUGAGGUUAAACUAUAUCGGGAUUAUAAAUACACAAUUUCCUGAAAAAAGAGCCACCCCGAGACAACCACCGAUUUGUGGGGAUAUGAUUGCUAAAUUAACAUUGAAUAAUGAUGUUUUUACAAAUCCUUCACAUGCAUUAGAAGGAUUAGAGGAAUAUUCCCAUAUGUGGAUUUUAUUUCAUUUUCAUCGUAAUGAUUCAACACAUAUCAGAGCUAAAGUAGCUCCACCAAGACUUAAUGGUUUACGAACUGGUGUUUUUGCAACAAGAGCACCUCAUCGACCAUCUCCAAUAGGUUUAUCUUUAGUAAAAAUUGAUCGAAUCAUGGAUAACACAAUAUAUUUUCGCGGUGUUGACAUGGUAGAUCAAACUCCAGUACUCGAUAUCAAACCUUACAUCCCACAAUACGAUAAUCCUUCAUUAUUGAGCAACAUGCAACCCCCUAAUACUUCAAAUAACACACUAAGUCUUAAUUUAAAUAAUGAUUUAAGGGUAGGACAAGAAGUUGUUGCUUCCACUAGUGGGAAUUUAGCAAGUAAUGUUGAAAAUGAAACUGAAGGUGCAAUUGGUUAUGAUAGUAUGAAUAAUAGGGUUAUGGAUGGGCAAGAAUUUCGAUCUCGAUGUAAUGAACCUAAUCAAAUUUUAACUCCAGCAAGGAUUGGUGAAAGGGAAGCUCCGGAUGGCGAAGAAGAAGAAAAUAUACAAACAAGUGGUCAAAUUAGUGGAAAUACACUAAAUACUCAAAUUCAAACUCAAGUUAACGAGGAAUUAGUUAGAGUUCCAGCUUGGGUGAAAAAGCCUGGUGCUUUUGGGGUUUUAUUUAAGGAACGAGCUUUGGCUCAAUUGAAUCAAUUAGGGAGCGAAGCUGAAGAAAAAAAAGCAAUGAUAACGGCCGUUUUGUGCCAAGAUCCGAGAAAUAAUUAUUUAAAGGACCGACUUGGGACGCAGUAUUACAUUUUUAAGAUCUCAAAUUUAAAUGUUGCUUGUAGAUAUAAUGAGGAGACGCAUAUAGUGACCGUUUACAAGAUUUUUUCGAAUUCUGUAAGCGAUUCUGAUGAGUAGGGUCGAUAUUUAUUGAUAAAAUAUGGGAUAUUAAUAGAUGUUCGUAAAAAAAUAUAAUUAAGAGAUAGGGGUUUCUUUUUAUUUAUAUUAGAAAAAAAUCCUAGUCAUUGUGAUUUUUUUUAAUAAAAUAGUUUGAUUUGUGUACCUAAUAAGGGUAAUUAAAUUAAAACGCUUUAAUUUUA